AUGGUCGUGGCAACAAUCAAAUGUGUUGUCGUAGGUGACGGUGCAGUCGGAAAGACAUGUCUGCUUAUCAGCUACACCACAAAUAAAUUCCCCUCGGAAUAUGUCCCUACCGUCUUCGACAAUUAUGCUGUCACCGUUAUGAUCGGUGACGAGCCGUACACAUUGGGACUUUUCGAUACCGCUGGACAGGAAGAUUACGAUCGACUCCGCCCUCUCUCAUACCCCCAGACAGAUGUCUUCCUCGUCUGCUUCUCCGUCACAUCCCCCGCAUCGUUCGAGAACGUCCGAGAGAAGUGGUUCCCCGAGGUGCAUCAUCACUGCCCCGGUGUUCCUUGCCUCAUCGUUGGCACCCAGGUCGAUCUCCGGGAUGAUCCCGCGGUCCGAGAUAAGCUCGCCAAGCAGAGGAUGUCGCCUGUUAAGCGGGAAGACGGCGAGAAGAUGGCCAAAGAGCUUGGUGCAGUCAAAUAUGUGGAGUGUUCUGCCUUGACACAGUACAAAUUGAAGGAUGUGUUCGACGAGGCAAUUGUUGCAGCUCUUGAGCCACCAGCACAGCGAGAGACCGGCCGCGGGAAGGGCACGAAGAAGAGCUCAAAGUGUGUCGUGCUCUAG